AUGGAUAAUCUGGAAUCUAUAGUUGUUGUGGAUAGAAGACAAUAUGAUAUUAGUAGACCUCUAACAAAUCUUGAUUUAUACUCAAAUAAUUCAAUCCGCUUGAUAGGAAUGAAUUCGGGUGGAAUUGUUGAUGAAAAUAAUGAUGAAGGACAAGAAGUAAUCAGUGACCUUACUAAUUUGUUGAUAUCUGAAAAUCAGAUUUACAAAGAUAAGGGCACACUUAUGGAGGUGAUGCGACAUUAUGGAGUUGUCAAAAAAUUCUUUUAUUACCUGAAGUGUCCUUCUGAAAAUCGUUCCUGGUUAAUGAAUUCAUCAUGUAUAAAUCAACCGGGGCUAUUCAAAAUCAGAAAAUACUGUGGGGGUCACACUUGUUCUGUUAGAGAUAGAAUUUAUGCAAGGUGUCAGGUAAUUACUGACGUUGUAUAUGUUAUGAUAUUAGAUAAAUUUGUUGAUCCAACAACUGUAUACACUCCAAAAGAUAUAGCCGAAGACAUGUUGAAAUUACAUGAUGUUUCACUGACAUACAAGCAGGCCUGGCGAGCUAAAGAAAAGGGAAUAAAAUUAUUGCGUGGAGAUCCGGUUGAGUCAUAUGCUAAACUACCAGGUUAUCUAUACAUAUUGGAGCAGACCUAUCCUAGUUCUGUUUUGAGCUUGAAAAGAAAAGAAGGUGAGAGCUUCUUAUAUGUAUUUGUCGCAUUAGAAGUAUGUAUUAGAGGUUGGGAGUAUUGUAGGCUAGUUGUAGUGGUUGAUGGGGUAGCCUUAAGAGGCACAUAUGGUGGUACAAUGUUGACUGCAAGCACUAUGAAUCCAGGAGGUCACAUACUUCCACUUGCUUAUGCCAUAGUGGAUUCUGAGAAUGAUGCAUCGUGGAUGUAA